CGUUGGUACAAUCUACCUUGACAAACGCUUUGAAAGCUUUUCAACGCUUGUUUCUUCAUAACAGUUCCAAUUUAUUUGCACGAUGAUGGAAACCCUUACCGUGGCCGAGGGGGAAAUCGGAGGGGUGGAGCCAAGGUCAGGUUUGGACGGAAGUGAAGACGCAAAGGAGAGGACAGAGAGGAAGACUGGAUAUUUCAUGAGCAGAGAGCCAAGAGACAUACUAACCAACAUGAAGGAGGAGGAGGAAAAUGGGGAGAGGCAGAGUGUGAAAAUGGAGACAGUGAAUGAUGUGAAAGGUGAAGAGGAACUCUGGAAGAAGGAAGAAAAAGAAAGGGAUGAACAGAGGGAGGGACAAAUAACUUGCCGGGUUGCCCAGACUGACAAAGUGGUGAAGAAUGAAGUAAAAUCAGAACGUGGACAACAGGAAGGGGAGGAGUGGUCUGCUCUGAUCACUUGCUGUCUGCGAAAACAACCUAGAGUGCUGAUUCGCCGACUACAAAUUGCUGCUAAUUCAGUUUUUGUGACAUCACCUCUUCGUUCCAUGGCCUGUAAAAGAGAUCAGCGAGCGACAUCUCCUUGGAGACGGCAUGAGCUCUCACCACUGAGAGGAAACCGAGCACGGAGGCAGAAGAUGCAGGUCGUGACCCGGAAGAGAAAGACGGUUGGCCGGUUGGAGAAACCCCCAAAACUGCUGCCAUCCUCAUCAGAGAACGGCUUCUGUGCAGAAGUCUCCCUCAUUUCUCAUGUCGUCUCCUCCAGGAAUCAAAACACCUGCACGGAAUACACAGGACAAACUGUUGAGGUGUCAUCUCAGGCCUUUGCCUGCUCCCAGUGCCCAUUCAUUGACACAGAGAAAGUGAAUCUUCACCAGCACAUUGAGAAGGUUCACCCAGAGGAGCUAAGCAGGACAGUGGGGUCCCAACAACCUUCCAGCAGCACACAUCAGCACCCCACCCCCUCUAAGACACCCCCCACUCCGACACAGUCCCACACAGGCACUCCAGGGGCCCACACUUGUUCCCAGUGUCGGAAGAGCUUCAAAUCCAAAUCACUGCUGACCACACACAAGGAAAUACAUAAAAGAGAAUGUCUGUAUCAGUGCUCCAAAUGUGGAAAGAGUUUCCGCCGUUUAUCUGAUCUAGAGGUACACAAGCAAACUCGCACAGGUGAGUGCCUGUAUCAUUGCUCCCAGUGUGGGAAGAAUUUCUGCUAUUCACAUGCUCUGAAGGUACACCAGCGAACCCACACAGGUGAGCGACCAUACCACUGCUCCCAGUGUGGUAAAAGUUUUAGUCAAUCGGGUAAUUUGAAUCAACAUCAGCGAACCCAUACAGGGGAGCGUCCUUACCAGUGCUCCCAGUGUGGGAAGAGUUUCACUCUCUUCAGUACUUUGAAGGAACACCGGAGAACUCACACUGAUGAGCGCCCAUACCACUGCUCCCAGUGUGGUAAGAGUUUCCGUCAGUCAAGUACUUUGAAGCAACACCAGCGAACCCAUAUAGGGGAGUGCCUAUACCAAUGCUCCCAGUGUGGGAAGGGUUUCAAGUUCUUCAGUACUUUGAAGGAACACCAGAGAACUCACACUGAUGAGCGCCCAUACCACUGUUCCCAGUGUGGAAGGAGUUUCAAUCAUUUGAGUACUUUGAAGCAGCACCAGCAGACACAUACAGGGGAGUACCUAUACCACUGCUCCCAGUGUGGGAAGGGUUGCAUUCAUUCGGGUGAUUUGAAGAAACACCAGCGAACUCAUACAGGGGAACGCCCGUACCACUGCUCCGAGUGUGGCAAGAAUUAUACUCAGUUGGGUACUUUGAAGAAACACCAGCGAACUCAUACAGGGGAAUACCCAUACCACUGCUCCCAGUGUGGGAGGAGCUUCAUUCAGUUGCGUACCUUGAAGCAGCACCAGCGAACUCAUACAGGUUAAAGUUCCCACCCUUUCCUCCCAGUGCUUCGGUCAUGUUAAAAUGUUAAAUGUAUAUUUUGAUUAAUUUUACUUAUUUUAUUUUUACUCAUAUAACUAAUCAACAUUAUCCAUAGUUCAUAAUUGCUGAUUUACUUUGUGGGCGGCACGGAUGGUGCAGUGGGUAGCACUGCUGCCUCACAGCAAGGAGGUCCUGGGGUCAAAUCCCCGUCGGCCAGGGCCUCUCUGUGCGGAGUUUGCAUGUUCUCCACGUGUCGCGUGGGUUUCCUCUGGGUACUCCGGUUUCCUCCCACAGUCCAAAGACAUGCAGGUUAGGCUGAUUGGAGACUCUAAAUUGCCCAUAGGUAUGAGUGUGUGAGUGAAUGAUGUGUGUGCCCUGCAAUGGACUGGUGACCUGUCCAGGGUGUAUUCCUGCCUUUCGCCCAAUGUAUGCUGGGAUAGGCUCCAGCCCCCCUGCGAC